CGCUCCUUCAGUGGUGCGCGUGCGUGGCUGCACAGCGUGGAUCCCUCCCUUUCACCUCUGUGACGACGUUACCAUAGUGACGGAAGGUGAAACCCCCCCCCUGCAACCGUCACCGGAUUUUUUCAUUUUGCGCCCCCUCCCUUUCGCGUGGCGAACGACGCUUCGAGCGUGUUUUGUGAGGAAAAGAAGGAAAGGGAGGAGAGAUGAGAUGGCGGCCGAGGGGGAGGCGGAGGCAGAAGUGGAGUGGGUGGUAGACAGCAUCGCCGGCUUCCUCCGCAGUCCCGCCUGGUCCAUCCCCAUCGUGGAGUUCGUGGAACAGAAGUGUGAGGUUUUUGAUGAUGAAGAAGAAAGCAAGUUGUCUUACACUGAGAUUCAUCAGGAGUAUAAAGCUUUGGUUGAAAAGUUGUUAGACACUUACCUUAAGGAGGUUGGAAUUAAUGAAGAGAAAUUUCAAGAAGCUUGUAUGUCUCCACUUGCCAAGACUCGAACCUCACAGGCCAUUUUGCAGCCAGUAUUGGCAGCAGAAGAUUUCAGAUUGUUUAAAGAAAUGAUGGUCCAGAAAAAUAUUGAAAUGCAGUUGCAGGCCAUAAGAAUAAUUCAGGAAAGAAAUGGUGUGCUUCCUGACUGCUUGACAGAUGGGUCUGAUGCAUACACUGAAAUUGAAGAAGAAGAAAUGAAAAUACUGAGGGAGGUUCUUAGGAAAUCAAAGGAAGAGUAUGAUCUAGAGCAAGAAAGGAAAAGAACUAAAGAGUCACAUGAUAAAGUGAGAUCAUCUGAUGGUGCGCACAAAUCUCCAGGACAUCUGAGUGAAAGUGUAGGAGCUAAAGAACCUGUUCAGCGUGCUCCCAGACUGCCAUCUGAUCUUGAGGCAAAAAACAAAGAUCUUUCUACCCGAGAAGUGCCGUCUGCCAAACAGAAGGAAGAGAGUCAGAAAAAAGCAAUUGGGAAUGGUUCUGAAUGUGUCACAAAGCAAGCAGGGACUGAAGGACGAAAUUUAUCAGAACUUGAAGCACAUGAGCUCAGAGAACGAGAAGAAUACCUAAAGCAGAAGCGAGAUGCACUGAUGGCUUUGAAGAAAGAUUCAAAAAUUAAUUUAGCACCCCAAAAUACAGAACAGAAAGAAGAGCUGUUACCUUCCAAAGAGGGACUGUCUGAAGAAGAAGAGCAAAGGGCAUUAAAGAAGAAAAGAGUCCUUGCAGCAAAACUUAAAGAAGAAGUUAUUAAUAAGCGAUAAUCCAGGAAAGUUGCUGCUAAGAAGAAUUUGGGGAUGAGAAUUACCUUUAGAAUAUAUUUAACCAUGAACUGAAUUUUUUGCUUUCAAACAUCCUAUACAUUAAUUUGUUUUAUAUAUUGCAAAAGCAGUAAUUUUCUUCAUUAAGUUUUAAAUUAGAUUAAACAUUACAUUAAGCAUCCUGUUUAGAUUCUUGUGAU